AGAAUUGCAUUCAGUGUGUGACAUACAUUAUCUUGCAAAAGGCGCACGCUUACUGAGGUUUAAGCAAUCACCACACUGGCGGAGUAAUUGAAAGAAUAUAUAGGAUUACACUAGCUGAAUCAAACAUAUUACAAUGUAUUCAACAAUGGUGAAUACAUUCCUAGUAGUGAUGAGCUGCAUUUUUGCCUUAGUGACUUAUAACGUUGCUUGGAAGAAUGCGGCAGAAAUUACUCCGUGCUGGGAUAUUCAAGAACAACACGGGCAUCAUUGUAAAGGCAGCAGCUGUCAGGAUAUAGGAUGGUAUAACACAAGCUCGAAUAGCAAUCAGUGGCAGGGCACAAGCAGGCCAGGCAUGCAGCGACAGGGCGUAUACAACGCAUUAAAAAGUUGUCAGGGCAUAUACUCUCAGGGCACAAGCAAAGGUCGACAUGGAUUUGAAUGCGUGAUCCAGCGUAUACGUUGUCAGGGCAUAAGACGACAGGGCACAAGUUGUCAGGGCAUAAAUAGGAAGGGCACAAUUUGGCAGGGCACUGAGUGGGAUGGGCAGGAGUUCAAUGACUUCAAACCUGUUACAUGGUUCCAAACAGUCAGCAUAGAAUAGCAAGACAAAGGGAGGUAACGUUACCAUGAAAGUAUUAUCUAGUGCUUGGACAUUAGAUCAUUUAAAAAAAUAAAGUGUUAGUGAAAUGUGUAUUUUAGAACAAAGCACAAAAAUUCACUACAUUAUGCAAAACAAGAUGAUUAUUCGUGGCCUUACAAACAUUAUUAUUGUUGGUUCCAUAAUUCCAAUGAUGUGAACACUUCAUAAAAAAAAUGGCAGCUAU